CUCCAGCGAUUUAUCUAGUACUGCUGUUGAUCCCCAUUGGGUUAGUACUUGCUAUUGUUUUAUUCAAGAGCCGGAAAGAACGUGAAGAUACUGAACGGCCAACAGCACUGAACCUGAGAAUAGGUGAAGCAGUGCAUGCAGGCAGCCCCGUAGCUCCAUCAGCACGGCGAUACGCAGAAGCCAACGCAGUCGUAGAUCUAGAAGCUGGAUUGUCGCCGACUGGCACAGACUCUACACUCACUAGCGGUAUGGAAAUGAUAGUAGGUCAGACGCUCAACCUUUGAAUGGCCAUUGCCUCACACGCACAUGAACUCGUCGAUGCUUGACAGAGAUCCUCGCGAUGGCUACCUAGAGUGUUGAUUGAGUAUUGUUCUCGUUGUUAACGCUCCGUGUGAAUUAUGGGAUACUGUACCAUUUCAUUUCAGCACUCCCUGAGUUCAGUAAGUAAGAUGAAUGAACCCAACGUGAUAGAGUAUUUGCGGUUACACACGUCUCCCGAAGUGGAGAUCCGCACAGACCUCGAGUGUGCUAUUUGUCUAGAGGGCUACAACCCCGUCACUAGGGAGUUCCCUCGAAGUUGGGCCGCUCGGCUAAGGUGUGGCCAUACGUACCAUCAUGACUGCAUCGCGGCGUGGUUGAAAAAAGACGGCUCUUGUCCAUUGUGUCGCCACAAUGUCAGUGGUCGCUCUACUGUCCGAACGUGGUCAUUGACAUGAAAGUUUUGUGGAAGCAUCAGUUGUUGCUUAUUCGAUUUUGAAACGCCUCAAGCGGCAUUAGAAGGAAGCUCCGAAUGGAGUUAGCAUAUAUAAGUUUUCAACAUUUUGUCAACAAGGUUGAUAGUUCCCAAGCUGAGUUUUGUGAAGUACGAUUAUCAUUAUUAUAUUUCUUAGCGUAGUUUAGUACCUUUAGCGCGGUUGGUAG